GCAAGCACCACCUUCAUCUCUGCUCUCUGUGUAUUAUAAUAAUAUUCAUUGACAAAUUUAUAUAUUAUUUGUUUAUGCAUUCUACUCAGAAAACCCCAUCAAACUUUUGAGAGAGUUAUACUCUGAUCUCUAGAUUCUUUGUUAACUAGAUGUUUUCUUCUUCAUAUCUUCCUCUUUCUUUCUGACUCCUCUAUUCUCUUUACGCUUUGUUCUCCCUCCUCAAGCUUUUCUAAAGUGUGUUGUUCUCUUCCAUCUUUUCUCUUUUUCAGUUUAAAUUCUUUCUUGAAGGCUUCCUUAUUUGGUUUAUUCAUAUCCACCUCAAGUACUUUAUGUUUAUAUAUAUGGAUAGUUUUAUGUUCAUCUUGAGGUCAAAUAAGAUCUAAAACCUAGGAGUUAGAAAUCAUCGUCUUCAUUUUUCUUGUUGUGCUUGUUGUUUUACAGUCAUGGCGAACCGGUGGUGGGCCGGGCAGGUGGGUCUACCUGGAAUGGACACAUCAGCUACCUCGUCAUCUCCCAUGAAAAGGCCAGAUCUGGGUAUCUCCAUGGGCAACAAUAAUGAAGAAAGUGGAAAUGGUGGCGGCGACGAAGAAGAUGAAAGAGAGAACAGUGAUGAGCCUAAAGAGGGAGCCAUUGAAGUCUCCACGCGCCGCCCUAGAGGUCGUCCACCGGGCUCCAAGAACAAACCCAAGCCUCCCAUAUUCGUUACAAGGGAUAGCCCUAAUGCACUCAAAAGUCACGUAAUGGAAAUAGCAAACGGCUCUGACGUUGCAGAAACCCUAGCUAAUUUCGCUAGAAGGAGACAGAGAGGCGUGUGUGUACUCAGUGGAAGCGGCACCGUCACCAAUGUAACCCUCCGGCAGCCGUCUGACCCCGGUGCAGUCAUGGCAAUUCACGGUAGGUUUGAGAUACUAUCCCUAACUGGAGCAUUUUUGCCCGGUCCAGCACCUCCCGGGUCAACCGGGCUGACUAUCUACUUAGCCGGCGGGCAGGGCCAGGUUGUGGGAGGCACUGUGGUGGGGUCACUGGUGGCGGCAGGCCCGGUGAUGGUGAUAGCGGCAACCUUCUCAAAUGCCACAUAUGAGAGGCUGCCUCUGGAGGAGGAGGAAGAAGAAGGAGGCGGUGGUGGGCCGCAGGGGCCACUAGGUACCGGGAACGGUGGCGGCUUGGGUGACCCUUCAGGAUUGCCGGUUUAUAACAAUCUGCCGCCAAACUUGUUGCCUAACGGAGGGCAGCUGAGCCAUGAAGCUUAUGGUUGGGCUCAUGGGCGGCCACCUUUUGCAUAAUUAGAGAUGAGAAGAAGAAGGUGAAAAAUAAAGUUCAAGAGUUUUAGAUAGUUAGGUUGUAUUGGCAUGGCAUGGCAUGUAUGAGGAGACAA